AUGCUCUCUCCAAGUGCUUCAUCAGCAACAGCUUCUCCAACAACGUCCUCACGCGGUACUGGAAACACAACACCAACCAUGAGUAAAACAGAUAGUUCUACUCUUUACAUUCCACCUCAUUUGAGAAGUCAGUCCAACGAUUUUGAUGAUCAUCAUACCGAAAGAAUUCCAUCCGUGUCAUCCGAUAUGGAUGAAGAUCAACAACAACAUUUUUAUUACUAUCAUCAUCGAUCUUCAAUGGAUACAAGCGGACAUACAACCACUCAUAGUCAACCUCCGAUCAUUAAAAACAAACAACAAAUUAUUGACUAUAUGAAUCAACAUAAAAUCACACAAAUUUUAAAAACCAAGCUCAAUGAAGCCUUUCAGCAUCAGUCUGUGGAUCCUAUCGAAUAUGUUUUCCGUACAAAGCGAGUUGAACAACAAGAAAUGCUCAUUCAACAACGACAACAUCAAAUGAAAGAGAUGGAUAUUAAACAUGAUGAAGUACUCAGCUCGAUACAACAAAGUAAGGAAUCCAUGAAAUCCGAGUACGAAAAGUUAGAAAAAGAGCAUUUACAAGAAAUUUCUAAAUUAAAAUUAGAGAUUGAGGAGCUCAAGAAACGAGCACAGGAGCUCGACAAUGAACCUCAAAGUGAUGAGAGUAACAUUUUAGAACAGCAAUUGGAAAGCCUCAGAAAAGAAAAUGAAGAUUUGGAAAAUGAAAAUCAAGCCUUAUUGAAACGAAACAAGGAUUUAACAAAUAUUUUGCACAACACCAGUUCCUCUCUAGCUUCUUCAUCGGUUGCUCUUGCAGAAAGUACAUCCAAUCACUCGCCAAGUUCAAUUUUCCCUGAAGAAAUAACCGUUGGAGAAUCGAGUAUGGAGGAUACAACCAUUGAGGUCAAUAGUCAAGAAAAUAUUGAGAAUGUUGCUGUUACGGAGGAUGAUUCUGCAGAUCCAUUUGCUAGCUUAGACAACCAACAGAAAGAAGAACAAGAACCACAACAAUAA